CAAAGAAGGAGCUGCUCACUGUAUAAAAAGAACCAAAAGCUCAAUCCUACAAAAAUCAGCAACCUAGCUCCAUCCAUGGCUGAGGCAGAUUGGUCUCAACUCCCAAAGGAACUUCUCAAUCUCAUAUCACAAAGGCUCGACAAUGAACUCGAUCUCAUUCGUUUUCGAUCAGUUUGUUCCAUUUGGUGCACUUCCAUCCCAAAUCAUCAUAACAUUUUACCCUUCAAAUUCCCACUCCUCAAAUUCUCAUACACCUAUAUCAUCGAUAUUGAUUCCAUCAACAAUAAAGACAACACUUCCUUUUGUCACCUCUCAAAAAACAAUAUCUUCCUCAUCAAACCAAAACAACAACAACAAUACCAAACCCUAGGCCCUUGGUUGAUAAGAAUUGUCCAAAGCUCAAUUGGAAAAACCCAACUGCAUCACCCACUAUCACGUGACCCUUUUCAUUUUCCACAUGUGCUCGAUUUUAACCAAUUCUCCCUCCUCCAUUUGGGAUGCAUGUUCACCGCAGAUGACAACUUCCUUGAACCCUCUCCUUUUUGCUUCAUGUACCCUGAAAAGGUCGUUGCUGUCACAGGCCAUGGAAAAACACCUAUUGUUCUCGGAAAGUUGACCUUUGCCCCCCAACCAGGACUGUUCAAAUGCGGCGAUAAGACUUGGAAGGUGAUCCCCGACAUGUCAAUUAAAUUCGGAGACAUCUGCUUUUUCAAAGGGCGGCCUUAUGCUGUUGACAAAAUUGGCGGGACAUUUAUGAUUGGGCCGGACGACUCGAAUGUCCACUUAGUUGCUGAACCUUUGAUUGAUGGAGGGGACAUAAAAUUCUUAGUUGAUAGAGAGGGAGACUUGUUGCUAGUGGACAUUUAUGAGUGUUUUUGUUUCGAGUUCCCGGGUCCUGAUGCUAUAAGGGUUGAUGUGUUUAAGCUUUAUGAGAAGGAGAAGAAAUGGGUGAAGUUAACAACUUUAGGGGAUAGUGUUUUGUUCUUGGGGAAUGACUGUUCGUUUUCUGCUUCUGCUUCGGAUUUGUGUCUUCCUAGAGGAAAUUGCGUUGUCUUUACUGAUGGUAGCGACUUCCAGUAUUUUAAAAACAUGUGGUGUGGGAAUUGUGUUUUUUACUUGGAUCAAGGCCUGCUUUCACCUUUGUCUGAUUGCCCUGAAAUUUUGAACUUGUUCUGGCCACCUCCAGAGUGGAUCGUCCAAAGUAGCCUUCGUAAUUGAGUAUGUUGUCUUACAUUGAAACGUUUCUAAUUUGAUUGUAAUAUUUCUUUAAUGUUUUUAUUGUGUUAUUUCUCUUUGGUAUUUCUUGAA